UCCUUUUCCUCAGCACCGCUUUGAAAAUUACUCAAAUUCACCACCACCACCACCUCCUCCCACCACCGUCUUCAAAACUCAUCACCGUAACUGUCGCCGGUAAAUUCAGUUAAUUGCAUGAAACCCAAAAACCACAUAUUCAACCACCCAACACUCCAAACACUACAACAAAAAUGCAACAACCUCAACAACCUUAAGCAAAUCCAUGCCCAAAUCAUAACAACUGGUCUUUCACUUCAAACAUAUUGCCUCAGUCACCUCAUCAACAUUUCCUCUAAAUUCAGUUUAUCCUAUGCUUUCACCAUCUUCAAUCACAUCCCAAACCCAUCAAUUUUCCUCUACAACACACUCAUUUCAUCAUUGAUUAAUCAAAAUAAUGAUAAUAAAAUCAAUCUAGCAUUUUCACUUUAUAGUAAAAUUCUCACACACAAAAAUCUUCAACCUAAUAGUUUCACUUUUCCUUCACUUUUGAAGGCUUGUUGUUCUAACCCAUCAUGGUUUCAAUAUGGGUUAUUGCUUCAUGCUCAUGUUUUGAAGUUUCUGAAACCACCCUUUGAUCUUUUUGUUCAAGGCUCUUUGCUUAAUUUCUAUGCUAAAUAUGGGAAAUUGUGUUUGUGUAGAUAUCUUUUUGAUCAAAUUGAUCAACCUGAUUUGGCUACAUGGAAUAUUAUUUUGAGUGCUUAUGCAAAUAGUGUGAAUAGAUUUGAUGAUGCUGAUUUUUCCUUAGAAACUUUGUGUUUGUUUCACGAUAUGCAAGUGGCUAAAGUAAGAGCUAAUGAAGUUACAAUUGUUGCAUUGGUUAGUGCUUGUUCUAGUUUAGGUGCUCUUAGUCAUGGUUUUUGGGUUCAUUGUUUUGUGCUGAGGAAUAAGGUUAUGGUGAAUAGGUUUGUUGGAACUGCUUUGGUUGAUAUGUAUUCGAAAUGCGGGUGUUUGAAUCUUGCAUGUCAGGUGUUUGAUAGAAUGUCUGAUAGAGAUAGGGAUACGUUUUGUUAUAAUGCAAUGAUUGGGGGUUUUGCUAUUCAUGGUUAUGGGAAUCAAGCGGUUGAGCUUUAUAGAAAGAUGAAAUUAAAGGGUUUAGUUCCUGAUGAUGCGACGUUUGUGGUUACAAUGUUUGCUUGCUCUCAUGUUGGAUUAGUGGAAGUAGGGUUGGAGAUUUUCAAGUCCAUGAAGGAGGUUCAUGGGGUGGAACCGAAAGUUGAACACUACGGUUGCCUGAUUGAUCUUCUGGGUCGAGCUGGGCGGUUAAAGGAAGCAGAGGAUUGGUUACAAGAUAUGCCGAUGAAACCAAACGCGGUAAUUUGGAGGUCUUUACUUGGUGCAGCAAGACUUCAUGGAAAUUUAGAUGUGGGAGAACUUGCUCUCAGAAAGUUAAUAGAGUUGGAACCAGAAACUAGCGGAAACUAUGUUCUUUUGUCGAAUAUGUACGCUAGUGUUGCAAGGUGGAACGAUGUGAAGAGGGUGAGAAUGUUGAUGAAACUUCAUGGUGUUAACAAAUUGCCGGGUUUUAGCCUAGUCGAGAUAAAUGGUGCCAUGCAUGAGUUUCUUACAGGUGACAAAACUCAUCCGUUUUCAAAAGAAAUAUAUUUGAAGAUCGUGGAGAUUAAUAGAAGACUACAAGAAUAUGGUCACAAUGCGAGAACAUCAGAUGUUUUGUUUGAUGUAGAAGAGGAAGAUAAGGAAGGUGUACUUUCUUACCAUAGUGAAAGACUAGCCAUAGCGUUUGCUCUUAUAGCGUCUCCUUCGAGUUUACCUAUAAGAAUUAUUAAGAACCUUCGAGUUUGUGGCGAUUGUCAUGCGUUUACCAAGCUAAUAUCGGCGGUGUAUGGAAGAGAUAUUAUAGUUAGAGAUCGAAAUCGGUUUCAUCAUUUUAAAGAUGGGAGUUGUUCUUGUCUGGAUUACUGGUGAUAACGAUUCCAAAUUCACCUCACAGCAAAAUUAGUACCUGAAUGAAAAUAUAUAGUUUCCUACAUUCAUUUGAAAUUCAGUUUAUUUAUAAGAUCAUAUAGUUGCAUGAGAAACUUACUUACUGUAUGUAUAAUCAAUAUUCUACCUUGAAAUACAUCCCUAGUAUACUCCUUCAGUAGCACUUGAAAAAGUAACUCAUCACUAUAAAUGUUAAGAUAAACAUGUAAGCCUUUGAAAUAAUAUAAAAUGUUUAAUGUGAAUCUAUGCUGGAUUGUUGUUUACCCAUCAUAAUAGUUUAGAUAUGUUGAUAUAACCUUUUCUGCAUUUUAAUGUCUCUAGAACUCAUAUUUCAAGAAGCUGAACAGUACAUUAGCCUCUUUGGUCUUUUCAACAUCCUAACCAGUUUCCUCUUAGUUAGAUCCACCUUCAGUUUCACCGCUUCAGUUCUGGUCAGUAUGAUAUGUUCUCCUAACCGAUAGAGCUUAAGGUGGAUUGUUGUUUGGAUACGGCGCUUGUUGAGGUUUCGGGAUCGUGGAGGCUGCAUUGUGUUACGGGGAGUCGGUCUUGUGAUUGUGUUGUGGCUGUUCCUAUGGGUUCUCAGGGUUCAAUUCUAGGUGUGGAGGUCAGUGUUCAUAGGAAAUCAUAUUCUACUCAACUGGUUGAUAUGGAAGACCAAAGUGGUGGUAAGGAGAACGUCAUCAGAACUCAAGAAGGAGGCUUUCUCAAGUCUAAUGUGUUCACUUUGACUAUACCACAGAUUUUGUCAACCCUGCCGGGAAGAGAAUGGCUAAAAAAGAAAAGAUACAAUUAAAUGUGAAUGCUGUUAACGGUAGUGAGAUUACGUGCAAGACAACAAGUAAUCCCACGAAGGAAGUAAAGCACAGUGCUGGGAGCAUAGGUUUCUCACAUGACACUGAUGUUCUCUCCUGGUCAAAAUUUGGAUCGGACGGCUAUUCAGCCAUUUAAUUUUUUUGUGCCACGUCGUCACUUUAAUUUGCAGAUUGCAAAACUAAGCUUACAAACUGGCUUUUUGUCGGAGUAUACACGUAUGGGAAUUCUCGAGAUUGAUCAGCUAAAGAAAUCCAAGCAAUCAGAUGGAACCAAAGUAUCAAAAAACAAAGGUGAAAAUGUCCAAGGUGAGAGAAUGCUUUUGCUUCCAAAGUUAGGCAUAGGCUUUGGCAACUUGACUGCAACUGCUGAGAACACUCCACCAGGAGCUGAAGAUACGAAAUUGCCCGAUGGGGCUGAAAUCUUUGUUAAGGCAGCCACAGCUUGUUGCGGCAGCCUCUGCAACCAUUGCUGUUGCAUGUGCUGCAUUCAGGUCUGUACCAAGAUGAACAACCAGUGUGCAACUGCAUUUCUCAACUUUGUAUUGGUUUAGGAUGCUAUGGCUGUCUCAGCUGUUGUUCAGAUAUAUGUUGUACUGGAAAUGAAAGUUGAAAUAUCAAA